UGGAGGUCGUAAGUAAUCAAGAAAUAUUAUAACAACGGAGUUACCGCCAGCACCGGUGGAAGCCUUUCAAUUAUCGCGACCCGUGCUCAUUUUCACAUAAACAUAUAGACAGGCACGCACGCACGCACACACGCACACACGCAAGCACGCACAUACGCGCGCGCGAAGGGCGGCUGGUGUACACAUUAAACAACGAGAUGAAGAAAUGAGAGAAAGCAAUCGAAAUGAGGCCGAGAUCUUGUUGCUGGUUACUCCUCGUGCUGUACCUGGCCAUCGUGCUGUCCUCAAACCCGGUCUAUUCAUUCACAUCUGACGAAGUAAGCGAGGAUGUUGGCUCCGAGGAUGAGGAGGCGUAUGCUCUUGAGGACGAUGACGUGCCUUCAGCAACGAUAGCCAGCGACCCAGAGCUUUCCGGAGGUAAUCUGCCGGUAUUCUUAGCUGAGCCCGUGAGCUCGUACGUGGUAAAGAAGACGCCAGCGACGCUUCACUGCAAGGCUGCCCACGCUCUCCAGGUCUAUUUUCGGUGCAAUGGCCAACGAAUAAAGGAUCACUUCCAACAGGAUUUCGUGGAUCCGCACACAGGCACGCGGAUCAUCGAAAGCGAACUCAACAUCACGCGCAAUCAAAUUGAGGAAUACUUCAGUAAGGAUAAAUUCAAGUGCGAAUGCAUUGCGUGGUCGGGCUCCGGACAGAUCAACAGUCAGUCGGCAACCAUUGACGUCGCUUUUUUGAAGAAACAAUUCGAAUCGCCGCCUUACUCGGUGUCGGUCGAGGCCGGCCAGGGUAUGCAGCUACGAUGCCUGCCACCGAUAGGUCUGCCGCCGCCCCGAGUAUACUGGAUGAGGAACGGCGUAAAUCUCGGCGCUGAGUCUACGGACACACUCCUCGUAUCGAGCGAGGGCCAUCUGCUGGUCGGCCAGGCGAGUCUUGAUCAUCAGGCGAAUUAUACCUGUGUUGCGGAGAAUAUCGCCGCCAAGAGGUUAAGCGAGCCUGCCAGGAUCACCGUCUACGUUAAUGGAGGCUGGUCGUCCUGGUCGGCCUGGUCCGAGUGUCACACACGUUGCGCCAAAGGCGGACAAAAGAGAACGCGGACCUGCACGAACCCGGCGCCGAUGAAUGGCGGACAGCCCUGUCUCGGGCCGGCGCAACAGAAAAACGACUGCAAUACCAACUGUCAACCGGAGGAGAUGGAAAUGUUCUCUAACACAAUUGCAGUGGACGGUGGCUGGUCCAGGUGGUCCGCGUGGUCGGUAUGCGGUAGUGACUGCACCCACAGUCGGCGGAGGAGAUGCGAUGAUCCAGCGCCAAGUCAAGGAGGUCGACCUUGUCAAGGGAAGGACGUCACCGUGGUUAAUUGCACCGGCGGCAUGUGCAAUGUAGACAGCACUAAAAUCGGAGGAACCCACUUAGCCGAAGAGGCGAGCCAGCAAAUGGACGUUGCACUUUACGUAGGUCUGACGGUCGCCUGCGUUGUGAUCGGAGGCCUGGGCUUCUUCCUGGCGAGACUCGUACAACGCAAGGGUCGCGACCACUCGCUCUAUUCCAUGGCCCGAAGCGAUUUUCAGCCGGAAUUCUAUCAAGACCAGGAAAAGAAGUUGAGCCUCCAACCCGACGUGACGGCGACGAUCGUUCCCGCUUGCUACGAAUAUCCCUUCGACCCAAAACUCUCGAUGUCGCGAUCCCUCUCGGAGCAUCACUAUGACGUGCCACACCUGUCGUUGCACUCAGGCCCACAGUCGUCUUCUAUCGUUCCCUCGACGAUGUCACCAACGCCGAGCACUUCGACCCAGGAAUCUUGUAGCAGCGACAAGCAGAUGCUGUCCGGAAGCGAGGAUAGCCUCUCGAGUUCGUAUCCGUCCACAGAGUCAACGUAUAACGUGGCUACGGGCAAUGUCAGGCUGCCGAUGCUCGAAGUUGGCAACCUUGCACGCGCCCACGUCAAUAACCGGGGUGCUCUCCUUGUCCUCCCCGAUUCUGGAAUUUCAAUGUCGGUGCCAGAGGGUGCGGUGCCUAAGUCUUCGCGGGUCGAUCUUCACCUCGCAGUUCUCAACGAGGAUCGAUUCCGACCCCAUCUGCCAGAAGGAACAACACAGCUCUCGGCGGUGGUAACGUGUGGCCCUUCGACAGCCUCCUUCGCCAAACCCGUGAUCGUUCAGUUCGAGCACUGUGCAAUGCUACAACCACCUGCUUGCUGGGAACUUCAAGUUUGGUGCUGCGACAAUCUUGAGACCUCGGAGGACGCGGUCAAAGAGAAAUUGCCCGUUUGGUCGAAGCUACUGACUCUCGGCAAUGAGACCAUAAACACACCUCUAUUCACGCAAUUGGAUCAUGCGGAAGUCUUCCUUGUGGCCGAACAGCUGCGUACAUAUGUUCUUGCGGGUCGGAGCUGCGAAGGAACGAGUGCCGGCAAACGUCUGCGCCUUGCAGUGUACGCAAGCCAGGAGAGCAGUGGUGGUGUCUGCUGCUGCUGCCUCCGGGUUUAUGCGGUUGAGGAUACAAAGGCCGCUGGCAAGGCACUGGCAGAGCGCGAAGCCCAACUACGGGGCUGCGUACUAGAUAAACCGCGAAGUCUCCCCUACGAGGACCGAGGCGGAUCGUUACUAGUGAGCCUUGAAGAAGUCGGUAACGAGUGGCAAAGCAAAUCCGCGACCGAGCGACGAGAACUCGGUUUUACGGAGCUAUGGAGCGGCCGCGAGGGGCUCAAGUACGUAAGCUUCGAGCUCGAAGCCGGCGGCAGCGGCGCCACUCGUACCUACAAGCUCCAGAUCUGCCAAAGCUCAUCGCCGGAGGCGCGCCAGGUUUUCCGAAUUAUCUACGAUGGCUCUAAACAGCUCAUAUCAUCCGGGAGCGUGACGCGACCCUUACGUGAGGUGACUGUCGUCAGCAGUAUCGCAGCGCAUGGAGCUACGAGUUCUAGCGCUGAUUCGAAGACACUCAGGCCCUUUAGGUUUACACGCUCCCUCAGGAAGCAACUCUGUCAGUGCCUCGACCCCCCCAACUCACUCGGCAAUGACUGGAGAAUGCUCGCGCAAAUGCUACGCGUUGAUAGAUACAUCAAUUAUUUUGCGACAAAGGCGAGUCCGACGGAGCACAUUUUGGACUUGUGGGAGGCGAGGCAUCGUGAGCCGACGGCCGUCACCGACCUCCUCAAUCAUUUAAGGGUCAUGGGAAGGACCGACGCUGCGACUAUCCUUGAGGCCCAACUCGGACCCUGGCUUUAAAACUACUGGAAAAGUGCGGGUCUGCGGCCGAUGAUAAUCACUGUUUAAUGUUUCAUCGUUCGCGCUACCGACACACGUGUGUA